AUGUUCCCCAAAACGGCGGCAUCGGAGUUCACCAUUCCUCAAUCCAGUCUAGACAUCUUGCAUACAACCCCAAAUCAAGCGGACUAUUCGGGUAAGGAAAUCAUCUGUGCGUGUCCGGAAUUUCAUUCUCCAUGGCCCACAUUACCAACACUAGCACCAAUGAGUGUUAACGCAUUAUUUUGGACGUAUCAUACUCUGUUACAGAGCCGUAUAGAUAAGGAUUGGUAUUCAUUUCGUCCGAAGGCGAGUUCACCAGUCACUAAGACUGAAUCCCGACGACAAACAACAGUUCCAUCGACUGUCAGUACGACCACACCUGCGUCCUUUUGGUCUCAUAAAGUGCAUAUCAUGGGCAGGGAAAGGAAGACAGCAACCCAGACAGAAUGCCAGAAGGGUUCGGAUGAAACGAUUCGCUCACUUCCGACCUACUCCAAAUGGACGGAGAAACGCAAUACAAUGUCCUAUUUGGCAGUCAAAGCUGCACGCGGGCGUGUAUCUUCUCAAUCGAUCCAUUCGCAAUCAAGUGGGGCCACUGCAUUCGAACGGAUCGUGCCAACUGCACGCGUACUGGCCCGAAUGGCCCGUAUCCCGAAUCUGAUUGGUCCAUACGUGUGUCGAUUGUGCGAAGAGGAAUUUGGCGAUCCGUUCAAAUUGGCCGCUCAUCGUUGCCCAUACAUAUUGCACACAGACUAUCGCUGUCCAGAUUGCGAAAAGGUGAGUUCACAAUUAGCUGUUCGUAUUUACCGUGUCCAUUCAUGCGCGAGAUGA